GAUCCGCGGGCCGGAACCGCGAGUCGGGGCUCCCCCGCCACACCCCUCUUGGGAUUUAAAGGGCCAGGAGGGACUGGGUUGGGCCGAAGUCCGAACUAAGGGAGCGGGCAUGAGACGCUGCCCGUGCCGGGGGGGUCUGAACGAGGCAGAGCCCGGGGCGCUGCCGGCAGCGGCCCGCAUGGGGCUGGAGGCGCCGCGAGGGGGGCGGCGGCGGCAGCCCGGGCAGCAGCGACUUGGGCCCGGCGCCGGGGGCCCGGCGGGGCGGCCGGAGGGGGGCGGGCCCCGGGUCCGGACCACGGGGUCCUGCCUCCACUCUGAAUGCGAGAAGGCCAGCCUCGGGCCUGAAUGGGGGACAGACAGACAGACUGAGCCUGAAGCAGCCGGCCUCGGAGCGGAGACAGAGCGGCCGAGUCCAAAGACGGAGCCAGACAGGUCCAGCCCUCGGACACAUCCAGAAAGGAGCAGCCACUGGUCAGAGCUGGAGACACCCGGCCCCUGGACGGAGGAGCCUGGCACAGGUGGAUUUUGCACUGACCCACGCAGGCCCGGCCUCCAGUCUCGGCCACAGAGGGCCAGACUCUGGACACAGCCAAGCUUUGAUGGGGCCUGGACAGAGUCAGAAAUACAUGGCCCACAGACCCAGCCCGAGAGGUCCAAGCCCUGGACGGACAACCCCCGGACCCACCAGAAGAGCUCCAGCCUUCAGACGCAGCCGGAGGGGGCCUGGCGGGAACUAUGCAUGGAUGGCUCCAGGACACAACAGGACCCUGAAGGCCCCUGGACAGCCUCUCACACAGAUGGCUCCCAGAUACAACAGGAUACCGAAACCGCCUGGAGACAGGUUGGCACCCACGGUUUCCCAACACAGCAAGCUGCUGACGGCUCCUGGACACAGCCAGGCGCUGAUGAUGCACAGACACAAGAUACUCAUGGACCCCAGACAGAGCCUGGGACAGACUACUUUUUGGGGGAGCCCAACCAAGAUGGCCCAUUAGCGGAACCAGAACCUGGGCAGUUGCUGACUCACCUGUACUCUCACCUGGGGUAUAACUCCCUGACCCCAGUGCCCCGCCUCAUCAUCACUCCUGAAACCCCUGAGCCUGAGGCUCAGCCAGUGGGACUCCCGUCCCAGGUUGAAGUGGGCAGUGGAGGCUUCUCCUCCGCCUCCUCUUUCGACGAGUCUGAGGAUGACGUGGUGGCCGGGGGUGGAGGUGCCAGCGACACUGAGGACAGGUCUGGGAAUAAAUCCUGGAAGAAGCUGAAGACAGUUCUGAAGUAUUCGCCCUUCGUGGUCUCCUUCCGAAAACACUACCCUUGGGUCCAGCUGUCCGGACAUGCUGGGAACUUCCAGGCGGGAGAGGAUGGUCGGAUUCUAAAGCGUUUCUGUCAGUGUGAGCAGCGUAGCCUGGAGCAGCUGAUGAACGACCCCCUGCGGCCUUUUGUGCCAACCUACUAUGGUGUGGUGCAAAGGGAUGACCAGGCCUUCAACCAGAUGGAAGAUCUCUUGGCGGACUUCGAGGGCCCCUCCAUCAUGGACUGCAAGAUGGGCAGCAGGACCUACCUGGAGGAGGAGCUGGUGAAGGCUCGAGAACGGCCCCGGCCCCGCAAGGACAUGUAUGAGAAGAUGGUGGCUGUGGACCCCAGGGCCCCCACCCCUGAGGAGCAUGCCCAGGGUGCCAUCACCAAGCCCCGCUAUAUGCAGUGGAGGGAGACUGUGAGCUCAACCUCCACCCUGGGCUUCCGCAUUGAGGGCAUCAAGAAAGCCGAUGGGACCUGCAACACCAACUUCAAGAAGACACAGGAGCUGGAGCAAGUGACAAAGGUGUUGGAGGACUUUGUGGAUGGGAACCAUGGAAUCCUGGGCUCCCCUUUUUCCAUCCUGGCCGGGUAUGGGACAAGGUCAGAUCUCAAGGUGGGUAAGGACCCCCAAAGUCCCUGUGCUAAUCAAGAAACUCUCCCUCUCAAACAGAGAAAGUACGUGGCACGCCUAGAAGAACUCCGAGAAGCUCUGGAGAACUCCCCCUUUUUCAAGACCCAUGAGGUGGUGGGCAGCUCCCUUCUCUUUGUGCAUGACCACACUGGCCUGGCCAAGGUUUGGAUGAUCGACUUUGGCAAGACAGUGGCUCUGCCUGACCAUCAGACACUCAACCACCGGCUGCCCUGGGCUGAGGGUAAUCGUGAGGACGGCUACCUCUGGGGCCUGGACAACAUGAUUCGCCUUCUUCGGGGGCUGGCCCAGAGCUGACCCGCUUGCCUUCUGCGAGGAUUCUUUAUUGGAUGGUACUCAGCUGGCUGGAGGAGCCCUGAGGUGUGCAGGGGCCUGAGUUCAGCCACGGAGGCACUGACCUCUGGGACAGGAGAGGUUGUGGCACACCACUCAAGCCCAGUGUGGAAGAUCUGAAGGGCCUUGGAGACCAAGUAGCACCCAGUCUUUUCAUGAUCCAGGGGUUGUAAGGACUGGAGAGGGGACAGGACGUGGCUGGGUCCCACUAUGGGUCAGAACCAGACUGGGUCCUCUGGCCAGCCGGGAAGGUUCCAGAGGGGCUGCUGGAGGCCACAACUAAACCAUACAUCCUGAAAGAACACCAUUCAGAUGCUGUAGGCUACAGGCCUGACACAUGCCUAUCACCACAGGAAUGACUGUGAUCACUACUCCUUGUCAGCCCCCUCCGGCUAUGCGCUGGCUCUGAUGCCAGGGACCAAUCAGCUUCAUCUGUGGUGCCCCAGAACCAGACUUUAUUUGUGAGCAAAUGCAGGAGCUGCUGUCUGCCUGGGAGCAUUAUGGCCCCAUCUCUUCUUCUGGGGGCCCUUCAGGUGCUGACAGAAGCUCUGAGAAGGGUGUGACACCAUGGGACCGGCCUGAGAGCUGACGCUGCUGAGCAGAGCCCAGUUCACCCUGUCCUGCCCUCCCAUGGCCCCAUGGGAUCCUCCCUGCUCCUGGGAGAGCUCUGCUGACCCCCUGCAGACCAAAACCACGGCCACAUCCUGUGCCAGCCUGUGACCAGCACAACCUCAUUCCUCUGGCACCAUCUCAGCUUUGGGACUUCCUCCCCUUACCCUGUGAGGUCUCCUUCCUCCCAGCUGACGGAGGUGGCAGGGGCAGGGAAGCUGGCUCAGAACCAGAGCUACCUUCCUUUGGUGGCCUGCACCCCGCGGCCCUUGCGUGAGAAGUGCCCUGCUUGAGUCAGAGGCUCAGGGUGGGUGGGGCUGCUGGCUGUGACCCCAGGCUCCCAACCUGGUCCAAACCAAAGCCCCUCUUUCUUCCCCUCCUCCUGUACUUGUAACUGGCUUCCUGGCCCACAGGGCUGGGCUGGGGAGGACAGGCAGCUCCCUCUUUCUGAGUCAAAACUCUAAUGUAGUCUUCCAGGGCUCAGGAGGCAUGUUCCUUUUCUAUGGACCUUUAUACUUAUUUAUACAAAAGAGACAGGUAGUUGUUAGACGGGGCAGUGCUGGGGAACUGGAGGCAACAUCGCUUCACUGCCUUCCCCCCGACGACCCCCUAAUAAAGAGGACAUUCAAAGCCAA